AAAUUGGACCUCGUCAUAAUUUUGUAUCCCAAGAGGUUGGGAUCAAAGUUCAAGAGACAGUGUUGUCUGUGGGUAUGAAAACAUGGCUAGCUUACGACUGUGUAUGUUGAGUCGAAAUGUUAACUGUCGAUUUAGGCCUAGCUUUGGAGCCUUAAAUCACAGUUUUCCUAGGCUUCUGUCUACAACAAGUACAAUGAAUGGGAAAUAUCUCCAGCUAGAUGUUCAAAAUGAUAUUGCUGUCAUUCGAUUUGACAAUCCAGAUUCUAAAGUGAACACACUGUCUACUGCCAUGCAAAGUGAAUUUGAGGAAGUUGUUCGUCAGGUGAAAACUAAUGACAAAAUCAAAGGUGCUGUGGUGAUUUCUAAAAAGCCAAAUUGUUUUAUAGCUGGAGCUGACAUCAAUAUGAUAGCUAGCUGUAAGUCCAAAGAUGAAGUUAAAAAACUUUCUCAGAGAGGCCAGGAAGCCUUCCAAGCCAUAGAAAGCAGUCAGAAACCCUUUGUCGCUGCUAUUAUGGGACAGUGUCUAGGAGGGGGUUGUGAGCUAGCUCAGGCUUGUCAUUAUCGCAUUGCAAUGGCAGACAGAAAAACUGGACUUGGGCUACCAGAAGUAAUGUUAGGACUUUUGCCAGGUGCUGGAGGUACACAACGUCUACCUAAAUUGGUUUCAGUUCCAAAUGCUCUAGACUUGAUGUUAACAGGGAAAACGCUCAAAGCUGAUAAAGCCAAAAAACUGGGUCUUGUUGACUUAACAGUACAACCUUUAGGUCCAGGUCUAAGUGACCCUGAUACCAACUCAUUAAAUUAUUUAGAACAAGUGGCCAUCCAAACUGCAAGAGACUUGGUUUCUGGGGCAUUGAAAAAAACACCAAAGAAAAAAGCUCUUCCAGACAAAGUCAUGGACCUAAUGUUGAAGUAUGAUGUAGGCAGAAACUUUGUCUUCAAUAAAGCUAAAACACAAGUCAUGAAGUUAUCUAGGGGAUUGUAUCCUGCACCCCUCAAGAUUAUUGAGGUAGUUAAAAAAGGUGUUGAAAAAGGACCAAAGGCUGGUUACCCUGCAGAAGCAGAAGCAUUUGGAGAGUUGGCAAUGACCUCUCAGUCUAAAGCUCUGAUUGGUCUUUAUCAUGGACAGACUGCUUGUAAAAAGAAUCCAUUUGGAAAACCACAAAAAACUGUGAAGACUAUUGGUGUGUUGGGAGCUGGACUCAUGGGUGCUGGAAUAGCUCAGGUUUCCAUUGAUAAAAAUAUGAAGGUUUUAUUGAAAGAUAUGUCUUUGAAAGGACUUGCAAGAGGACAAGAUCAAAUACAAAAAGGAUUUGAUGGAGCAGUCAAGAAAAAGAAAAUCUCAGCGUUUGAACGAGAAGUCAUUCUGUCCAACCUUGAUCCUACACUAACAUAUGAUAGAUUUAGCUCAUGUGACAUGGUCAUAGAAGCUGUGUUUGAGGAUAUCAACAUUAAACAUAAAGUCAUUAAGGAACUUGAAAAGUUCACAACACCAGAAUGUAUAUUUGCAUCAAACACAUCAGCACUUCCUAUCUCUAAAAUAGCAGAGGGACAUUCUCGACCAGACAAGGUUAUUGGAAUGCAUUACUUCUCUCCUGUGGACAAAAUGCAACUUUUGGAAAUCAUCACAACAGAUAAAACUUCCAAAGAAACAGCAGCUGCAGCAGUUGAUGUUGGCCUGAGGCAAGGUAAAGUUGUCAUCACUGUGAAAGAUGGACCAGGGUUCUAUACCACUAGAAUGUUAGCACCAAUCAUGAUAGAGUUUAUUAGAGUGCUUCAGGAAGGCACAAGUCCUAAGAAGUUGGAUACCCUAGCUAAAGAUUUAGGUUUCCCAGUAGGUGUGUCCUCCCUCUCAGAUGAAGUAGGUUUAGAUGUGGCUGCCCAUGUAGCUGAAGAUCUCUCAAAAGCAUUUCCAGAUCGGUUCAAAGGAGGUAAUCCUGAAGUUCUUAAAACAAUGGUUGCUCAGGGAUUUUUAGGCCGUAAGUCUGGUAAAGGUUGGUUUCUGUAUGAGGAAGGAAGUAAAGACAAACCAGAAAAUCCACAAGCUCUAGAAAUUCUGAAACAGUUUCACAUUCCUCCAGCUGCUGGAAUCACAGAUGAAGACUUGAAAUAUCGUCUGCUCUAUAGACUAGUCAAUGAAGCUGUAUUGUGUUUACAAGAAGGAAUCCUUUCUAAUCCACUUGAUGGAGACAUUGGAGCAGUAUUUGGUAUUGGAUUCCCUCCAUUUUUAGGAGGUCCCUUUAGAUACCUUGACAUCCAUGGAGCUAAGCCAGUUGUUGAACGAAUGUUGAAGUAUCGUGAUUUGUUUGGUGCUCAGUUUGAACCUUGCCAACUCCUGAAGGACCAUGCCAAUGACUCUAGCAAGAAGUUUCAUCAAUAAUGCUAGCUCAACCAGACCCACAGUGUUGACCAGAUAGUUGAAGGCAGUGUAAGCUAUAAAUUUGCCCUCUAUGUGCCAUGAUGUACAGUCACAUUCUUGAUCAAUAAAUAGUUUUGACAAAUUUUUGUGAUAAAACAAUUUUUAUACAUUGUCCAUAUAUUAUAUACUAAAUAAUGAUGUGAUGGAGCUUAGCUUUGUUAUUUGUUUAUGUGAUUUAUAACGAUGUGUACAUUUACUCUGAAGACUGUUUUAGGAUUGACUCAUCCUUUACUUCAUUAUCACUGGUGACAUGCCUAGUUGCUUUUUAAAACCUAUGUUGGCAUUGUACUCUUAUUAAAUGUAUAGUCAUUAGCUACUUAACAAAUUACAGCACAAACUGCUAGGCUGCCGUCAUUGAUAAUGGUAAAGUGCCAUGUUAUGUUUAUUUAUUGACAUUUUCUUUAAAGAGUUCAUACAUUUUUCUUUACCUUUUAUUGAAAAUUAAAAAUUUUCUUUUUGUAAUA